AUGUACGGCCAUCCACUAAUCUACAACCACGAACGUCCACCAAUAGACCUCCAAAGUCCAAACCACCACCAUCCACAAAUCGACUACCACGACAGGCCACCAAGCGACAACCGCUACCAUCCACUAAUUUAUGACCGGUAUAACCCACCAGUCACCAACCGGCAACGUUCCCCAAUCCACGAACAUAUUCGACCCAACUACCAACGUCAGCGUCUGCUAUUUGAAGGUCGCCAACAUCCAGUGAUAGACUACCAUGAUAGUCCACCGAACGACAACCGCCAACGUCCACCUAAAGACGACCGUUACCAUUCAAAGGAUAACCUUCAUAGUAAUCAACGUUCACAAAUCAACGUCCAUUUUCAUCAACACCAAUCAAUAAACGAUCGCAAACCUACACCGAUAACUCACCACCGGAACCCGCCGAAGUUAGACCAUGAAAGUCAAGGAAAUAAUCACCGGAAAAGUCCAUCAAACUAUUACGAGGACUAUUAUGACUACCAAAACAGUGCAAUUGACAAUCGCUCACUAACCAAUAAUAGUCAACGUUUAUCGAUCCACAGUAAAAGUCCACCAAUAGGUGUUGGCCAAAAAGCUUUUAAUUUUAUGAUCAAUUAUGACAUGGAUGCACGCAAGAGUGACAAUCAUUUGGGGGUUGAUAAGCUGGCUAAAAAAGUCAGGGUGUUAUGCUGGGUGAUGACAUGUCCCAAAAACCAUAUGACCAAAGCUAUCCACGUCAAGGCCACGUGGGGGAAGAGAUGUAAUCGGGUGAUCUUCAUAAGCAGUGAAAAAGAACCUUUGUUGCCAACAAUUGCCUUAGAUGUGCUAGAGGGACGACAAUUUCUGUGGGGUAAGACCAAGGCGGCAUUCCAGUAUGUUCAUAAGCACUAUCGAAACGAUUUUGACUGGUUUAUGAAGGCGGAUGACGAUACAUACGUGAUAUUAGAGAAUUUGAGACUCUUGCUGGUCAACUACAACACUUCUGAACCUAUUUACUUGGGACGACUAUACCAGUCCCCUAGGCUAGCCCUAUUCAGUACCAGUUCCCCAUCGUCGAGUUACAUGACCGGUGGCGCGGGUUAUGUGCUAAGUGUCACGGCCCUGGAUCUCCUCGUCAACAAAGGUUUGAAUGUGUCGAACCAUAUAUGUAGAGAAGAUGAUGCGUCUCAAGCUGAAGAUGUUGAGUUGGGAUAUUGUAUGGAACUCGUCGGAGUGAAAGUCAUAGACACACGGGACUCAUUGGGUCGCGAACUGUUCUUCCAGAAUAUGCCGACCGAUCUUGUAGGUACAGUGAGCGCCUGUCCACAAUAUUGUCCUUACUACCCCGUUCUUGAGGGUGAGGAUUGUUGUUCCGACCGAGCAGUUUCUUUCCACAGCGUUAAACCUAAGAAUAUGUACGUGUUGGAAUAUUUGGUUUAUCAUCUCCAAGCUUACGAUUACGAGAAAUUUUCAGUUGAUUUAGCUUCGGACGAAUCAAAAAACCGGUUUGCAAUAAAAACACUGCCUUUACAAAACAAUAGAGAUUAG